UCCACAUGGACAAGGAGUUCCAUCUUCACCUGCUGUAAGCUAUGAUGUUUUCUGAGAUCAGUUCCUAAUUUAGGCAUAGUAAACAUAUCUUUGUUCUGUUAUAGAUAAUUUAUCUGCAAUCAUCUAGAACCUGCUACUCUUGUUCCUCUUCAGCUUAUAAAGUCAAGUGGAACCAAAUGCAUAAUGGUUGGUGACCCAAAGGAACUUCCUGCAACUAUCCUCUCAAAUGUUGCGAGUAAAUAUCUUUACGAGUGCAGCAUGUUUGAACGUUUACAAAGGGCAGGGCAUCCUGUUAUCAUGCUUACUGAGCAGUUAACAUGGUCAAAUGUAUCUAUUCAAGCUGAAGGCUUGCCAUGGUGCAGAUUUCCUUUCCUGGCAAAGUUUUCUUGUGAGAAAAGAAGUGAUGAAGAAGAAGCAACAGCAGCAGAAAGAGCAAGUGAAGUGAAUUUUGCAGAUGAGAUAAGUGGAAUUAACAUAGGACCUCCUUCACCAACUUCAUCUAUUAAUUAUUAGAGCAGCCAAAAUUGUUCAAAUAAGUUAGGAAAUUGAAUAGGAGUUGCUUGCAAUAUAGGUCUUUUAAUUUACUAGUAUGAGGAAAAUCAUUUAGAGUAUUUGGAUACUCAUUAACAACUUUUAAUUUACUCAAUAGAUUUUGUUGAUGUAUGUUUGUUACUUAUUAUUAUAGUUGAUGUAUCAAUACACUUUGUUUA